AUGAGGGUCAGAUGUUCAAACGACAACAAACUUUAUUCGAUUUUAUUGGUAGCAUUUCUUUUGCUGGCAACUGCUUUCGCCUACCGUGUCUUUACCUAUUAUCAAGAACCAGUGAGAAACUUCGAUUUUGAGCCUCUGUCUGAAGAGAAAAUAGCCAGAGCUGCACAGAGUUAUAGAGCGCAGGAAAGAACUAUACAAGCCGGAAUGCAAGGACUAAAUAAUAUAAACAUUGUCAAGGCAUUGAACUCUGAUGUACUACCGAAACGGAGAUUCGCCGGCCUCAGCGCGGCAGAAAUGUGUGAAACGGGAAAAGCAAAGUGUGUGGCGCCAUUCGCAAAGAUUCGUCCGCUUAUUGUGGUAAGGUUCAGGGUGGAGACCGUCUAAAU